CCCCUCCCACGAGUCCCCAAAAAAGGGUUUACCCUAACUUCUCACACCGACCCCUGCGGCGGUGCGGCCCUGCCACCGACCCCUGCGGCGGUCGCCCUCUUCCCUUCCGGCCGGUCGCCGAACGCCAUCGCGGAAGCCCUCCUCUUCAGAAAUCGAAGAUCGAAGAUCGGGUUCUUCACUCUUCAGAAAUCGAAACCCUCCUCGUCGCCUCUUCCUCUUCCGCUUCCGCUUCCGCUUCCGCUUCCGCUAUCCAACGGUAGAUCAGUAAUCGACUGGUUCUUUACAAACCAGACGAAUCUUCCGGACCAGCUUGACUGAGAGAGCACUGAGCCACCGGGUUCUGAAGCCUUAAACCCCGAGGCCGAGAGCAAUAAACCCCGAGGCCGAAAGCAAUAACGAGAGGGAGGAAGGCGGCUCUUCGUCGAAGAUGCCCUCGAAAGGCAAGAAGCCGGCCAGAACUUCUGCAGCCGGCGAAGCUGCCGCUUCCCCAAUCUCUCGAUCUUCUUCCCAACAGCAGGAGAACGGCGACGUCGUGGAAUCCCUCCGCCGCCGAGUCCACUCCGCUGCCGCCGCCGAGUACCCUGCCCUCAUCGCCGAGGCCUCUUUCCUCGGCACGAUCUCCGAAGUCGAGCCUUCCAAUUCCAAAAGCAGCCACGCUAGGGUUUGGCUCUCCGAGGCUGCCGCGCUCUCCUCCGCCCUCCGCCCCGGCUCCCUCGUCGCGGUUUCACUUGUUUCCUCAGUCAAUAAUCCGUCAGACGGCCUUCCGCUCGAGAGCUUAGUAGAGAAUUGUGGUAGACAGCUUGGUCUCGACUUCAGGACUGGUGGCAAGAACGAACCAGGGAGGUACUUCGCAAUAGCCAUGGUUUUCACCUCGCGUAAGGUUUUCAAGAACGGCGUGAGGCUGUCAUGGGGCCUUUCCUGCGCGAUGGGAUUUCCUUCGUUGGGCAGGCUGGUAUUCAUCUGUCCUCUGGCUCUGUCUCAGCCUACGGACAAGCUCGAUAGCAGUACAAAUUUAUUGACAGUGCAUGCGUGCAACGAUCUUUACCUUAAUCUGAUUCCGAUAAAAUUUCGCUCUUCUAUUAUUGCUUCAUCAGAUCCCGCCUCCACACCAGUUGGAAAAGGAAAUGCUAUAGCCUCACUGAAGACUCCUUCACAAUCAUCACACUCGAGCGGGCCCAAUGAUUUUGUACAGAAUGCAGAUCCUUCGCGUUUCUUGGAUGUCUCUGCUGCAAAGUUGGUACUUGCAGAUGAGAAGGUUAAGGAGCUUUUGCAGAUUUAUGCUUCUCGGUGGCUCCAUGGUCGGCAUUUUCUGCAGGGAAAUAUAGUAGUCAUCACAGUUCUUGGGCAGCAUUGUGUUUUCCUGGUAGAAGGUGUGGAAUUUGCACUGGCUGAACAGGGUUCGACAUCAGCUAAAGAUAGUUCUUGUUAUCAGGAGAUUAAGAUCUCCAGUAAUUUGGGUCAAGGGCUUGAUAUUUUCGUGGUUGACGCUAGGACAAAAGUGCAUUUCUCUGGUUCUAGCUUCUUGGAUGGGGGGGAAUCAACCAAAAUUAGCUUGCCGCUGGGCCAUGUUUCAUAUUACCAUAUUAUUGAUGAGCAAGCUGGCGAUGUUCCAAGAUUGGGUGGCUUAUCUAAAGAAUUUGUGGCAUUGAAAGAAAUCAUUUCUUCGUCAGUGAAUAGUGAUAAUGCUUUACGAAGGUUCAAAGGAGUGCUUCUUCACGGCCCGCCUGGCACAGGAAAGACAUCUCUUGCUAUUUCUUGUGCCCAUGAGGCUGGAGCCAAACUUUUCUCCAUCAAUGGAUCUGAGAUCAUGACUCAGUACUAUGGAGAAAGUGAGAAGGCGUUGUGCGAUGUUUUUUAUUCAGCUAGGCUGGCUGCCCCUGCAGUGGUGUUUAUAGAUGAGUUUGAUGCAAUUGCUCUAUCACGGGAAGAUGGGGGAGAGGACUUGUCAUCUAGAAUGGUCGUAACUCUAUCACAGUUGAUGGAUGAGAUAAAAAGAAUUGAUCACUUGCUUGUGAUUGCUGCUACGAAUCGCCCUGAUAGUAUUGAUCCUGCUUUGAGACGCCCUGGAAGAUUAGAUCAAGAAAUUGAAAUAGGAGUACCGUCUCCAGAGCAGAGGUUUGAGAUACUUUGCACCAUCCUGAGUUCAAAGGCUCAUUCGCUUAGUAAUGCUGAAAUCCAGUCUCUGGCUUUAGCUGCACAUGGGUUUGUAGGCGCUGAUCUGGCUGCACUUUGCAAUGAGGCUGCAAUGAAUGCUCUUCGCCGCUACAUCAGGUCAAAACGAGAAAACCAUGGAAACUCAUUUAUGCAACUUGAAAAAGUAGCUGGUAAGCAGCCAUCUGGUGUCGAAAAGCAAAUAGACUAUUUGUCUUUACCACUCUCCAAAUGUUCUGUUUCUUGUGGAGCUGAUGAAAUGAAAGAAGAGACGCAACUUAAAGUUACCAUCGGAGAUUUCAAGAAGGCGAAGAUGAAAGUGAGGCCCAGCUCCAUGCGAGAGGUAAAGUUUGAACUUCCAUAUGUCUGUUGGGAAGAUGUGGGUGGUCAAACCAAAGUCAAGAAGCAGUUGAUCGAAGCAGUCCAAUGGCCACAAAUAAAUCCAGAAUUAUUCGAGUGCUUAGGGAUUAGUCCUCCCAGAGGAUUACUUAUGAUUGGCCCUCCGGGUUGCAGUAAGACGUUGAUGGCCCGUGCUGUAGCUUCUGAAGCGAAGUUAAAUUUUCUUGCAGUGAAGGGCCCUGAACUUUUCAGCAAAUGGGUUGGGGAUUCAGAGAAAGCAGUAAGAUCAUUGUUUGCAAAGGCUAGAGCAAAUGCUCCAGCAAUUAUAUUCUUUGAUGAGAUAGAUGGACUCGCGGUAACUCGUGGGCGUGAAAAUGACAGCAUUUCUGUCGCUGACAGGGUUGUUAGUCAGUUGCUAGUGGAAAUGGAUGGUUUGGAUCGAAGAGUUGGCAUUACAGUUAUUGCUGCUACAAACCGUCCCGACAAAAUUGAUCAUGCCCUUCUGAGGCCAGGCCGCUUUGACCUGCUACUAAAUGUCCACCCACCUGAUGAAGUAGACCGGGAAGAAAUUUUCGGCAUCCAUAUGCGAAGCAUGCCCCGCGCUGUUGAUGUCGACAUAAAAGAACUUGCUAAUCUUGCAGAAGGCUAUACUGGGGCAGAUAUAAAGCUUGUUUGCAGGGAGGCUGGCAUUGCAGCACUAGAAGAGAGCCUUGAUAUAUCUGAAGCGUCUAUGAGGCAUUUUAAGAUCGCACUCAGUAGGGUACAACCAUCAAAUGUCCAAUUCUAUGAAGAGCUUGCUGCACAGUUUGAGAGGUUUGUUGAUGAUGGAUCGAUCUGAGGUGUAUCUACCUGGGUAACUUACUGUUACUUAUUCUUCAUCCUUCGAGGCAGCCAUUCUUUCUUUUUUCCCCUCUAAUAUUUAAUUAUAUAAUACCUCGUGUGGUAUAGUUGCCCUUUUUUGGCUUUUAUAAAACAAAGUUUUAUAUGGUUGGAUGUGCCGAUAGAUGGACUUUCUACUCUAUCAUCUUUGGGCAGCUUGUAAUGCAAUCCGGCUAAAUGCCGAAAGACAGCCUUUAAAGAAAAAUGUAGAAACGUAAAGAAAAAGCUACUACUAUGCUUUUUCUGUUUUUUUAAUUAAUAUUUUUGGUCGUCAAACAAA